UGCCCGCGGGGGCUCCUCGGAGAGAGGAGGAGAGGGGGGCGCGGGGUCGCGGGUGCCGACGGCACUGGGAGGCUGCCGGGAGCGGGACCAUGUCGCUGCAGAGCCCGCCGGCUGCCGCCGAGCUGCCCCCGGGCCCCGGCGAGGGGCAUCCGCCGGGAGCGGAGCUGAGCCAGGGCAGCGCCGCGGCCCCGUCAGCCGAGGAGGGCGGCGAGGAGGAGGAAGAAGAGGAAGAAGGGGAGAAGGAAAAAGAAAAGGAAAAGGACGGAGAGAAAUUGCCGCCCAUCCCGUCGGUGUCCACCGCGGCUGCCGGGGGGUUGGAGGAAGGAGCCAAAAAUCAGUUUUCCACUUUCAGCAAUUUCAUCACAACUAUCAACCAAAAGAAAGAAGGCAUCGGAAACAGAAAUUCACCGACGCAACUUGUUAUACCCAACAUCAAAAACGGGAGGGACCUGCCACCUCUUUGCCUCGAUGUACGGCAAAAGCAGCGCAUGUCCAUGGAUACGUUACCCCAAGAACCAAAAGCACCAAUUCCUCCUGAACCUUCCCUUCCAAUUCGAACCAAAACUGUGAAAGAUUUUCAGGAUGAUAUGGAAAAGUCGAAGGCAUCGGGAGAUUGGAAAGCUGUACAUAAUUUUUAUUCUACAACUUUUGAUUCUUUCUUGGAGAUAAAUGCUGCAUUUAAGAAGGAUACCAAUUCUCCAUUUAAUACCAUUGAGGACUCUGGAAUCGAUGCAGAAUUUGUGAAUGUUGUCUAUGAUGCCUUAUUAAAUACUCCUCAAGAUGUUCAGAAGUCAGUCCUAAAAGGAAUAAUUAAUGGUCUACUGCAAGAAUGGACAGGGCCACGAACAAAGGAUGAUCUCAGAGCAUAUUGUAUACUUUUACAGAAUCCUCAAUUUAGUAACACUUCUACUUAUGUCAUCUAUGCUCACUUGCUAAGACAGAUAGCAGCCUUAACAGAAGCUGACCAUCAUUUCCUAGUGCACUGGUCUAAAAAGAUUUCACAGAAGAGGUUCAAGCAGGUGGUGGACAGGUUACUGCAAUUUAUUUCUUUACGGCUGUUUCCUGCAAAACCUGAGGAGUUUCCACCUAUGGUGAAAUGUACCUGGUGGAUUCCAUCAGCAGCAAAAGUCCUGGCUUUAUUUAAUGCUGCAAAUAGUCUGAUUAGCCCUCCUAUUAUUUCAUAUACGGAUUUCUAUAAUUCUACACUUGAUCAUAUUGAUCUUAUGGAAGAAUAUCAUAACUGGCAAUGCUAUGGGAAUUCUCACAGGUUUUCUUUCUGUCAAUACCCAUUUAUUAUUUCUAUAGCAGCAAAAAAAGUUAUUAUUCAAAGGGACUCAGAACAACAAAUGAUAAGUAUUGCACGGCAAAGCCUUGUGGAUAAAGUUUCUCGGAGACAGAAGCCUGACAUGAAUAUGUUAUUCCUAAAUGUGAAAGUGAGGAGGACACACCUUGUUAGUGAUUCACUUGAUGAGCUAGCAAGGAAGAAGGCAGAUCUGAAAAAGAAGUUGAAAGUUACAUUUGUAGGAGAAGCUGGUCUUGAUAUGGGUGGCCUGACAAAAGAAUGGUUUCUGCUUCUGAUUCGGCAGAUUUUUCACCCAGAUUAUGGCAUGUUCACCUACCACAAGGACUCGCAGUGCCAUUGGUUCAGCAGCUUUAAAUGCGACAACUACUCAGAAUUCCGACUGGUUGGAGCCCUUAUGGGACUUGCUGUAUAUAACAGUAUCACUUUGGAUAUUCGUUUCCCACCUUGCUGUUACAAGAAAUUAUUGAGUCCUCCCAUUGUUCCCUGUGAUCAUAACACACUUGUAGGCAUCUGUGGUGUCACAUUAGAUGAUCUGUUUCAGAUUAUGCCUGAAUUGGCGCAUGGACUAAGUGAACUUCUAUCCUAUGAAGGCAAUGUUGAAGAGGAUUUUUACUCAACUUUUCAGGUUUUUCAGGAAGAAUUUGGUGUUAUAAAAUCUUACAACUUAAAGCCAAAUGGAGAUAAAAUUCCAGUCACAAAUAGGAAUAGGAAAGAAUAUGUGCAGCUCUAUGUUGAUUUUCUUCUCAAUAGAUCGAUCUACAAACAAUUUGCAGCUUUCUAUUAUGGAUUUCAUAGUGUGUGUGCUUCUUAUGCAUUACUGCUACUUCGUCCAGAGGAGGUUGAAAUUCUCGUCUGUGGCAGUCCUGAACUGGACAUGUCUGCUUUACAGAGAAGUACCCAAUAUGAGGGCUACCAAAAAACUGAUCUGACUAUACGAUACUUCUGGGAUGUAGUACUUGGAUUUUCUCUUGAUCUUCAAAAGAAGCUGCUACAUUUUGCUACAGGAAGUGAUAGAGUACCUGUGGGAGGAAUGGCUGAUCUGAAUUUCAAGAUUUCAAGGAGUGAAACAUCCACUAAUUGGUUACCUGUGGCUCAUACCUGCUUCAACCAGCUUUGUCUCCCUCCUUACAAGAACAAGAAGGAACUGAAGCAAAAGUUAAUAAUUGGAAUUUCAAAUGCAGAGGGGUUUGGUCUGGAAUAAGAUUAAAUACUCCAAGAACAGCAUUUUAAUGUAGCAUUCACUCUCUUCUGAUUGUGCCUUUAAGCUUUUCAUUGUUACGUCUCUUGAUACUGUGCCAGUUUUAUCACAUUUAUUUUUUUUAAUUAAAUAUGAAGUGUAUGGUUUUUUCCUGAAUGGCAAUACAUUUGCUGCUUGCUUUCUUUGUAUAAAAAGCUCAUCUGUUCGAUAAACAAAACCCAACUAAGACAAUUCCCAAGUGUUAGGUUUUUCUUAAUAGCACUUUAUCAUUAAUCAUAAUUCCUUUAUAUCAAGGUAUCCCACUGGGAGAAAAUAUACAGAAUAUUUCUUUAUUGGUUAAUUCCAGUGGCAGAAAAAAUAUAACAUCAGCAUGUAGCCUUUUUUUUUUUUUUUCACAAAGACAAAUAGGAAUUUUAGUCUUUAUAAAAUGUAUGUAGUUUUAUUAUUCUGGUUUUCCUGCUUGGUGAAACCAGCUGUCUUAAGAGCUAUGUAAAUAACUGCCUGUGAAGAAAUAGGGUUUUGAUAGUGCCAUUUACUGCUAAAAAAUUAUUUUUUAUGAAUAAGAGGUUUUAGAUGUUGUAUAUUCAGCUUUUACACUUGAAUGUACAAGAGUGUUAAAAGGUAUUUUUUCAGCUUGAGGGGAUUCAAGUUCACGCUACAAGUAUUAAGGAAUUUGUAUGUUCAUUCUUAACAGCAAACUAGCCAGAUCUACUGUAGCAUUAUAGUAAACAAAAGUACAUAUUUAAAAUAAAUUCCACAUCUGGUGAAAUGCUUUAGGAAGAGAAUUAUAUCCACAACCUGUGGAAAACUGAUAUAGAGUAUCACGGUAUCCUUUUUUUGCAGCAAUUUUGUUGAAAGUCUUAAAAAAGCUGUGACAAAAGUGAAUACAAUAACAUUUCUGAAGAAUGUUGCAACUUUCAUUAACAUGGAGACCAGCAGUUAAAGAUGUUUUGUGUUUUUCACUGCACAAACUCUGUGAAAAGAAUUCUUGGUAUGUCUGCUCUGAGUUAGUAAAUUAGCAGCUGGGGAAGAAAUGGUUCUAAAAUACUGAAACAAUUGUAAGUCUGGGUUUUAUUCAUUAAAUGGAAAGAAUCUAUCAGCAUGCAGUAUAGUAGUUUUAAAUAUGAACAGCUACUGUGUGUUCUGUAGAUUUUUCUUUCAGCUGAAUAAGGCCCAGAUCAUUUGAGACACUUUGGCAUCUAAUUUGUCAGCUUUCCCCAUUGACUUCUGCUGCAGAAGUCAAUAUCUAUCCUGUGUCUGUACUCAAAUACUGUAUCAGUCUUCUUUCUUUCUCUGUAUUAUUUACAUACAAUCAACAGAUUUACAAAUGAUUAGCAAAUUAAUCUGUCUAAUUCAUGCUUUCAAAGCUGUUCUGGAUAUUCUUCAAUAGCUAAGUGUAAAUUUUACUUUUUUAUUUCUCCUAGAAAAGUUACUGGUGAUUUUACUGUUUUAUUAAGGCAGAGAUAAAUAUUAGGAUAUUUUAGAAUUUUUGACACUGUAUUCAUAGUGUUGUCAUUGAAACCAGUAAUAAAAUUUCCAUUGGCUUUAGCCUGGAACUAAGGCGUGCUAAAAGCAGCACUGAAAAAAUCUGCAUUUUUACAUUGUAUCUCCCAAAUGGAGAUUUUAAAAUAAAUUUUAACUUGCAGGAUUUCAGAUAUUGAGAAAUAAAUUAAGCUUUCACUGUUGCACUGAAUGAACUAGAUAGAUGCAAGCAAUGUUAAAUUUCUAAAACCUGAAUGUGGCUGUAAGAAACAAAGACCUACUGCCUUUCUUCUCUUUGUAGAAUUGGAUUCAUGAAAGGUUGGCUUAUGAAAAAAUAGCUAUACAAUUUAUCUGAAAACAUGGCAAAUUAGCCAAAAUAUUUUUUUAAGGCUUAAACGUGCUUUUAAUAACUAUUUAUCUACUAUUGUUAAAAUAAAAGCUUUAUCUUUUCUCCUUUUCACUGAAUUGCACUUUGCCUUCUGUUCAGUUUUAUUUAUUGAAGCUUUUUUUGAGAUAAUAUGUAAUAUUACCUCAGAAUUCUAAAAAUGCUAUUGUAUUUGCAUCAGUUUUUAAAUCAGAUUGUCAUUCAAAGACAUUUUAUAUAUUUCCUGUUGUUGAUAAAUUAAAUAGUAAAUUUUGUAUUUGUUAAAUGAAAGCAUUACACUGUAUUUAUGAAAUAAGACUCUGAUAAUUUAAAAAAAAAAUAUUCAAUGGUGUUUUGUUGUUCUUGUGUCUUGCCCUGUAACCCAGCAAAUCUUUUUUUAUCUCCAUCAUUGUUUUGUACUAUACAAAAGAAAUCUUGUUUGUAUAAACUUGUUCACUACUAAGUAUCUAUUUUUUAUGUAUCAAAAUUGUCCAGUCAUUAAAUCAAAUAUUUCAAAUGCUGA